GCUUCCAAAAGACCAUGUGCCUUCUGUCCCUCAGCACUUGGGCCCACAGCCCCGGACACUGCACGACUCCAAUUGACUACUUUUCUGCCCAUCGUCAUGCUCCCCACGUCGCGCUCUUAAACUCUUCGUCCGGCAGUUUUGUGCCGACGCUUCCCGAAUAUCACUGAACCCUUUCUACCUUUCCGUUCUCAUCCUACUACGAGACCAGCAGCAAGGCCAACCCUGAUUAGAUAUUCCUCGUAUCUCUCGCCUCUCAUCUCUUUCAAGAUGUGUGGCAUUAUCGCCGUAAUCCAUGCGGACCCGAAAUCGCAAUCCGCUGCUGUGGAGAUCCACGAUGCUCUGUAUCUCCUUCAACACCGCGGACAGGAUGCUGCGGGCAUAGUCAGCUGUGGGGCUGGUGGACGAUUCCACCAAUGCAAAGGCAACGGAAUGGCUUCCAAGGUCUUCCACGACGGAGCUCGAGUUGCUGAGCUACCCGGAUUCAUGGGCCUCGGGCACCUCCGAUAUCCCACCGCAGGGAGCAGCGCAAAUUCUGAAGCCCAGCCAUUUUACGUCAAUAGUCCUUAUGGCAUCUGCAUGACCCACAACGGUAACCUCAUCAAUGCUCCCAAGCUGAAGCUAUUCCUCGACCAAGAGGCGCAUAGACAUAUCAAUACUGAAAGUGACAGCGAGCUGAUGCUCAACAUAUUCGCAAAUGAGCUCAAUGAGACUGGGAAGGCGCGUAUCAACUCCAGCGACUGCUUCGCUUCCCUCGAGCGCAUGUACAAGCGCUGUGUUGGUGGAUGGGCGUGCACUGCUAUGCUUGCAGGUUUUGGUCUUAUCGGCUUCCGCGAUCCCUAUGGCAUUCGCCCUAUGGUGCUUGGAUCUAGAAAAUCUAGCGGUGGCGAUGGAUUGGACUACAUGAUGGCUUCAGAGAGCGUUGCCCUCGUCCAAGGUGGUUACACUACUUUCCAGGACAUUCUCCCCGGACAGGCCGUCAUCAUUGAAAAAGGCAAAGAACCCGUGUUCCACCAAGUGCAUCCACAACUGGCCUAUACUCCGGAUAUCUUCGAAUACGUUUAUUUCGCGCGUCCAGACGCUGUCAUUGAUGGCAUUGAUGUAGACGAAAGCCGGCGCAAUAUGGGCUUCAAACUAGCGGAGACAAUCAGGCGACAGCUUGGCCCCGAGAGACUUCACGAGAUUGAUGUAGUGAUGCCGAUCCCAGAAACUAGCAUCACUUCUGCCCUCUGUGUGGCUGAAGCGCUCGGAAAGCCCUAUUGCCAAGGGUUCGUCAAGAAUCGCUACAUCUUCCGUACCUUCAUCAUGCCAUCGCAGAAGCUGCGGCAGAAAGGUGUACGAGCGAAGCUUAACCCUAUGCGCAAGAAGUUCGAAGACAAGAACGUUCUGCUUGUGGACGAUUCCAUUGUCCGAGGAACUACAUCCCGCGAAAUCGUUCUGAUGGCGAGGGAAGCGGGUGCUAAGAAAGUCUACUUCUCUUCAUGCGCUCCACCCAUCACCAACGCCCACAUUUACGGAAUUGACCUUGCCUCGUCAUCAGAACUUAUUGCGCAUCACAGGAAUUCAAGCGCAAUCGCCAAGCAUAUUGGAGCGGACGAUGUGAUCUAUCAGACUCUGCCAGACCUUAUCGAAGCCUGUGCCUCGCUGUCUCCUCGGGAUCCAGCUUCCCAGAAAUUUGAAGUCGGUGUCUUCUGUGGAAAGUAUGUCACACCAGUUGACGAUGACUACUUUGAGCACCUCGAGCAAAUUCGAGGGGAGAGCCGCAAGCUUAAGAUCAUGGAGUCGGCGCGAGUGGCUGUGGUGCAGGGAGUUGCAGAUCAGAAGCAGAUUCGGAUGGCAGCAAAGGGAGUGGAGGUAGACCAGCAUGGCAAUGUCAUCCCCACCGAGAAUGGAAGCCCGGACUGGCGCCCUCUCAAUGUUGCAAAGGUAAAUGGGGUGGUCGAGGAAAUGAACGGGACCAAGAGACCUGGCGAAAAUGAGGAGAGACUGAAGAGCGACGAGCAAAUCCGACCUCGGAUCAGCCAAGACAUCAGUCUUCAUAAUCUGAACGACCAUCCUUGAGCACCGUUAGAGCAACCACUCGGUAAUCUCAUGAUAUAUCAAAAGUCUUGAGUGGUUUCAUACACGUUGUUUACGUUAUAAAUAGUCCAGCUUCCUUUUAGCGUUCAGCGACGUAUAUUCCUUCCAGGAAGGCAUAAACUGAAAAUUGAUGGCUAUGCGGUCCUGUCGUUUCAUUCGGUCAUUCUGUCAUUCUGUCAGCGUAUCGGUUAAUCAAGGUCAGGGUCAGGUGUAGUCUUCGCAAGAACAAUUGAAAUAUUUUAG